AGGAGUCUCUGAAAACCUAUUUAAAGCAGUCUGUCCUGACUCAGCUCAGCAGUCUCCAGUCUACCAACUGGUCUCUGUAAUAACUAUUUAAAGCAGUCUGUCCUGACUCAGCUCAACAGUCUCCAGUCUACCAACUGGUCUCUGUAACUUCAUCUUUGUCUCUGUGGUGUACAGUCUUCAGGUGAUGAUGGGGGUAUUGAAUCAUCUCUCUACUCUCCUCCUUCUCUCUCUCCUUCCUCCUGCUCUCUCUCAUGUAGUGAAGAAGUUCAGUGAUGUUCCACAGUGCCAGAAUUUCUUCCUGGAGGGGACAACUCCAAAUAUCCCAGGUAUUUUGGUUGAUGGGACAGUACAGAACCAGAACCGCUACAAGCCGAUUUGCCAGUUGUACAACACAAUGUACAGGUUUGCAACUCUCUACGACACAUCCAACAGGAUCCCUGUGUUCUCAGCCUACACCUUCACUGGUCCUUCUACAGACCGCAGACCAGAUGAUCCCUGGAAGAUCGAGCCACAGCUCGACGGGGUAAACAAUCCUGUAAUGCAGAAUAUAGGAGGAGUCCAUUACCAACACCAGGCUGGGAACUACGACUAUGGAAACCCAUUAGAUUAUCAUUAUGUGAACAGAGGUCACCUCUUCCCAAAUUCACAUGCUCAUGACCUUGAUACUCAGGAGUCCACCUUUACCCUGACCAACAUCGUUCCCCAGGACGUCAAAUUCAACGGGGGCAGCUGGAGUGAUAUGGAGAGAAAUGUCAGAGAAAAGCUUAAGACGGACUGUAUUAAUAACAACGGGAAGAUAGAAGCCUAUGUGGUGACUGGAGCAGUUCCCAGUAAGAGCAACACACUGAACAACCGAGUGAACAUCCCAGAUCUCAUGUGGACAGCCUACUGCUGUUACAACAGGAAGAUGAAGAAGCCGAUAGCCGAAGCACACUGGCAGUGGAACAAGGAGAUAAAGAAGAAUACCGUGAAUCCAGUAACCUUGGGAAAACUCGAAGAGAUGUUGAACAAAUAUCUCAAAGGUAAAGGUGGUCCUGUCAAGGUGUUCCCAAAAGAUUGUCCAAGAUAACCUGAACCUACCACUUCCCCCUGACCCAGAAGAUUGUCCAAGAUAACCUGAACCUACCACUUCCCCCUGACCCAGAAUAUUGUCCAAGAUAACCUGAACCUACCACUUCCCCCUGACCCAGAAGAUUGUCCAAGAUAACCUGAACCUACCACUUCCCCCUGACCCAGAAGAUUGUCCAAGAUAACCUGAACCUACCACUUCCCCCUGACCCAGAAGAUUGUCCAAGAUAACCUGAACCUACCACUUCCCCCUGACCCAGAAGAUUGUCCAAGAUAACCUGAACCUACCACUUCCCCCUGACCCAGAAGAUUGUCCAAGAUAACCUGAACCUACCACUUCCCCCUGACCCAGAAGAUUGUCCAAGAUAACCUGAACCUACCACUUCCCCCUGACCCAGAAUAUUGUCCAAGAUAACCUGAACCUACCACUUCCCCCUGACCCAGAAGAUUGUCCAAGAUAACCUGAACCUACCACUUCCCCCUGACCCAGAAGAUUGUCCAAGAUAACCUGAACCUACCACUUCCCCCUGACCCAGAAGAUUGUCCAAGAUAACCUGAACCUACCACUUCCCCCCUGACCCAGAAGAUUGUCCAAGAUAACCUGAACCUACCACUUCCCCUGACCCAGAAGAUUGUCCAAGAUAACCUGAACCUACCACUUCCCCCUGACCCAGAAGAUUGUCCAAGAUAACCUGAACCUACCACUUCCCCCUGACCCAGAAGAUUGUCCAAGAUAACCUGAACCUACCACUUCCCCCUGACCCAGAAGAUUGUCCAAGAUAACCUGAACCUACCACUUCCCCCUGACCCAGAAGAUUGUCCAAGAUAACCUGAACCUACCACUUCCCCCUGACCCAGAAGAUUGUCCAAGAUAACCUGAACCUACCACUUCCCCCUGACCCA